AUGGUUCAAAGAGUCCAAUAUCGCCGUAAAAAUACAUACAAAACCCGUUCUAACGUAGUUAGGAGAGUUAAAACUCCAGGCGCUAGACUAGUUCUCCACAACGUAAAAAAGGUUGGAAAGAGACCGAGAUGCGGAGACUGUAAGCGCAUAUUGGCAGGUGUAGCAGCCGUCAGACCACAUUUCUUCAAGACGCUGAAGAGGAGAGAGCGCACAGUAUCUCGAGCUUAUGGUGGAUCACGCUGCCAUACAUGUGUCAAGGACAGAAUCAUUCGCGCUUUUUUGAAGGAGGAACAGAAAUGUGUUAAGAAGGUCGUUAAGGAGAGAGAACACAAAACAAAGGCUGCAGAUAAGACUCAAGUCAAGAAGGCAGUGAAAACAGAAACUAAAAAGGCAAAAACAAAGUCAGAUAAGAAGAAAACAGCUUCAAAGGCAUAA